AUGAAUGGAGUCGGCAUCUCUCUAUUAAAGCGUAAGGCCUGCGUGCAAUGCGCAAAGGCUAAAGCGAAGUGUUCCUUCACCAAUGGGCUGCACGCUUGCGACCGAUGUCGAAGGCUGAGGCGGGAUUGUCUCCACGAAGAAGCGCCCCGUCGCCAGAAGGAGAAGCAGUCCACGAGAAUCAAAGCCCUCGAAGAAAAGGUCAGCAGCCUUCUCACACUGCUCACCCAAGACAAGCAGGCUUUGGGAAACACGAAUGCUCCAGUCACAAUAGCCACACCACCCCAUACCGAGGAAGGGACCAGUGAUAAUGUGUCGUCCGCCUCGAUCGGAAAUGUGCAGAACGUCGAGGCCCCCGCCACAUCGACUGCGGAAGAGACCGGGCAAUUCGAUGUUAUUGACAGUGGUGUCUUGACAAUGGCCACAGCCGAUAUCCUCGUCCAGACUUACAAGCAAGUUCACUCCAAGUUCUUCCCUUUUGUCCUCGUCGCUCCGGAAAUCGAUGCUGCUACUUUACGGAGAGACAAGCCAGUGCUCUUCCUGGCCAUAGUGACGGUGUGUCUCGAAGCAGACCACCUUGUUCAAAGACGGCUUGGGGUUGAACUGAAGAAAAUGCUCUCUUCACGAUUGCUGAUUAGGAACGAGAGGAGUAUCGAACUCCUGCAAGCACUGCUCGUGCACCUCGGCUGGAUCCAAUACCACUUCCAUCCCCAGAACAAGCAAACCUAUAUGCUUCUCCAGAUGGCGAUCGGCCUUGUCAUGGACCUUGACCUUGACCGGUGUCCUGCGCACCGUGAUCAGAGAAGGACGACAGCUGAAACCCGAGCCCUGCUGGGCUGCUUCUAUCUUUGUUCUUCGCUGGCAAUGACGCGGAAAGAACUGCUCAUGAGUCAUACUCGCUGGAUCGAUCACUGCUGCGACGUUCUUCAAGUCGAGCAAGAGGCAGCCACCGACAUAGAUGCAACGGCGUUUGUCAGAACCAAAUGCCUAGCACAACGGAUUAGCGAGAGAUUCUCGUAUGGCGACCAUGCUUCCAUUCAAUCUCAGAGCGAUGUUGUGAUAGAGAUGUCACUGAACGGCUUCAAGAAGGAAAUUGCAGAUCUGGAAGCGAAUCCUGCAUUCUCACCUGCACGGGAAAACUAUAUAUUGAUGGCAGAACUGAAAGUAUUGUCCAUCACAAUGUACGAGGUGGCACUCUACCGCGACCUGAGCAGCAGCACGACAUCGCCCUCGAUGAACAAGGUCUCCCAACUCUGGAACCUCUUGGCCUCGACCCGAGCCUUUGUGGACUACUUCCUCAGCGUGCCUGAAGACGCGCUGAGACACCUGCCUGCGGCCUUCUUCUCCUUUGCGGCGUACGCGCUGAUCGUGCUGUCGACGGUGUCACGCCUACCUUCGACCAGUGGGUGGGACAGCGCGAUCGCCAAGCGCGAGGCCGACGUCCUGAACCUGGCGCGGCGCGUCAAGGUCAAAUUCGGCGACGAGCUCACCCGCACGGGUAACAGUGUGGGCACGGACCACAGGGAUGUGUGGGCUUUUUUCGCACGCGGCAUGGGCGGGCUGAUUGCUUGGCACGAGCGGUGCGAGAAGGAGAGUCAAGGAUCAGCGGCGGUGGCAGCAGCAACAGCAGCAGGAGGGGCCGGAGGGGGAGAAGGCGAAGAACCCGAAUACGAGCUCCGAAUCAGCAGACCCGACCAUACCUUGACGGCGAGGUGCGCGAUGGCCGACGUGAUGACCCCGUUCAACACGCUACGGUUCCUCAAGCCCGACGCCGGACCGAAUAGAAUAACCCCAGAUAAUGAGAUCGGGACGCAGCCGACGCCGCAGGGACAUCACACCAUGACUGACCCAGGCAUUAACACCGGCACCGGCGCUGACCACGAUGUAAAUGCGCACACUGCUGCUGAUCUCGGUCCCAGCAACGACACGAUGGACGGCCUCUGGGACGACGAGGUGUGGCAGUCCAUCAUGGACGAGUUUUCCAUGUUCCCGACCACCACGGGCUUUCCCGCCGGAUCCAGUGUGUCUCAUCAGGUCGAGAGACUGCGGAGGUGA